CGCCAUGAAAAUGUACGAAUAAACAAUACUACUUCCAGGCGAUGAGAUGAGAAACCGGCAAUCUGGACAUUUCGCUGUUGAGACUGUACGGUGUCGUUUUCGGACCUUUCUAGACUCCCCUCUAACGGUACCCGGACCCGCUAAUCUUCCCCCUCUUUCCCGCCGUCAGUUAUUUUUUUCCUCCUCCGCAAUUCCCCGAGAUAGGGUUUUUGCUAAGGUUACCUCGAUGGUAACCAAUGAUUAUAUCGCCAUGAACGGGAACAAGUCUAGUAAGAUAGAAGAAGAGUUCAUCAAGAAGCACCAUAAACAUGAAAGCUCCGGUUCAUCUCAUUUGGUCUUUGGUGAGGAGAUUCGAUCAACCACAGAAGUAUAAGCCAUUUGUUAGCAGGUGUGUUCUACAGGGUGACCUUCAGAUUGGAAGAGUUAGAGAAGUCAAUGUUAAGUCAGGUUUGCUGGCCACAACUAGAAAAGAAAGGUUAGAGUAUCUAGAUGACGAUGAGCAUAUUUUGAGCAUGAAGAUUGUCGGAGGAGACCAUAGGUUGAAGAACUACUCAUCCAUUGUUACAGUGCAUCCCGAGGUCAUCGAUGGCAGACCAGUCACAUUGGUGAUCGUGUCCUUUACAGUGGAUGUACCUGAAGGGAACACCAAGGAUGAAACAUGCUACUUCGUCGAGGCAUUGAUCAAGUGCAACCUCAAGUCAUUGGCUGAUGUGUCAGAGCACUUGGCUGUUCAGGAUCGGACCGAGCCGAUUGAAAGAAUGUGAAAAAUUCCAGGUCCGUACCAACACCAUCAAGGUAAUCGUUGUGUGGUGA